GGGAGAGGAUGGGAGCCGGCAGCUGGAGCCUGCGGCCGGCGUGGACGACCCGACCCUUGGGCUGCAAAGGAGUGGAAUGAGCGUUCCGGGGCAGGGCGUGUCCCGGCUCUUCUCCUUCCUGCCCAGGACAAAUAACUUUCAUCUGGACUGGUAGGCAGCUUUAGCAGUCAUGAGUCCAGUUCCCUUCAUAUCAUCAAUAUGCUGUGCCCAAGAGAAUUAAUCAGUCCUGGCUGUGGCUUUUCCCAGGCCCUGCUUGAGCCUCCUUUGUUCUCCCAAGGGUGGAGGAAGAGAAGAUCCCAGGCAGGCAGCCAGGAUCUCAUUAAAGGGGACAAACAAGGUGUGAUGACCUCUUUUGCGUGAUAAGAUGCUUCUGGGACCGGAAACAGCAGAAAUGUGACUAAACCAGAGCAGCCGCUCCUUCUGCCAUGAUGCUUUUCCGUAAGCCGCGGCUGCUGUCCUGGUCCAGCCCAGCUCUCCAUUUCUUUUUCUUGACGAUAGUAACAUUUGGCAUUUUGGCCCCUCUGACCUGCCACCGCCUCCUCCACUCCUACUUCUAUGUGCGCCACUGGCACCUGAACCAGAUGAGUGAGGAGUUCUUGAAGCAGAGCUUGAAGGCGGGUGAGGCUGCACUCCACUACUUUAAGAACCUCCAGGCCCUCGAUGUCACCCUGCCCAAAGGUAGGCAGGUCCCCUCACGGCCUUGGCUUUUGAUCACCAUCGUCACAGUGUCCCGACAGCCUGAGUUCCACUAUGUCUUACAGGUGGCAUCUCAGUUCCAUCGCCUCCUUCAGCAGUGUGGUCACCCAUGCCAGAGUCACCAACUCUUUUUGUGUGAUGUGGAUUGGAACUCCAGACACCAGGAUGCCAAGCUGCUGGCCAAUUUUAUCCCCGUGACCAGCCGAUUUGCAGGCACCAAAAGGGUGAACAUUAGCAGGAGUGUCCUCACGAGUACAUUUGAGAAAGAGAAGCAGGACUAUGCUUAUUGCCUGGAGAAAUCUCUGCAGAACUACAACCCAGAAUACGUCCUGAUGGUGGAAGAUGAUGCCAUUCCUGAAGAGCAGAUCUUUAGUGUCUUAAGGCACCUUCUGGAAACUAGAUUGUCGGAGCCACACCUCAAAGAUGCCCUUUACCUGAAGCUUUAUCAUCCCGAGAGACUCCAGUGCUACUUCAACCCAGAGCCCAUGAGGAUUCUGGAGUGGUUUGGUGUGGGGAUGUUCCUGGGCCCCUUGCUCGGUUGGGCAUAUGUCAAGAUUGCCAACCUCCCAGGGCUGAACUACCGCAUUGUUGUCUUCUUCUCCUUGUACAGCAUGGGGCUGGCAGAGCUGGUGGGCCGUCACUACCUGCUGGAGCUUCGGCGACUGGCCCCUGCCCUCUACAACGUGGUCCCCACUACGCAGUGCUGCACUCCUGCCAUGCUUUUCCCUGCCUCUUCGGCCCAGAGGACGGUGAGCUAUCUCGCUGAGAUAUCCUGCCGCGGUGGCUUUGCCAAGGACAUGGCACUCUACUCAUUUCUACAGGACAAGAAUGAGAGGGCCUAUGUGGUAGAGCCUAACCUAGUAAGACACAUUGGGCUCUACUCCAGCCUCCGGUUUAACUAUAAGCCCAAAUUGUUGUAAAAUCCUGAGAAAAGCCUUUCUGGAUAUUGUCAGAGCACUUUUUAGGGAUGGAUACACUUAGCCAUGUAUUUUGGAUUCACUUACUUUCUUUUUUAUUUGUUUAACAUUGGGUAGAGAAGUGUUCAUUGGGAAAGUUGAGGGGCUUAGGGGUGAAGUGCCUUAACAGUUCCUAACCUGCAGACUGGUGGCAGGCAGGAUACCAUUUGAAUACCAAGAUUCUUCCAUAUUCUGCACCAGACCUAGGUACAUAUCUUAUCCAAAAAUGUCUUGUGAAUUCCGGAUAUUUUGACUUUGACAUUCGAACUUUUUAGCAGAUCAGACCCAGUAAAUCUCUCUUACAUACACACACACACACACACACACACACACACACACACACACACUCACACACACAUUCACACUCACACUCACUCACUCACAUACUUAGUCACUUUCCACCAAAAAAGAGGAAACACCCAAGAUUAAAAUAGGUGUGCCUUUGGGAAAAUUUUCAAUGGUAUAAUAGGCUGCCUCUUAAUGUCUUUGUAUGGGGAUUUGGAUCCAAUAAGAUCCUGGUAAAAUAUUCAUACAAAGACAGAAGACAUACAGGAAGGAGACAAUAGAUAGUACCUGUGGGAGUUUGGGAUACAUUGGCCAAAGGUCUAAAAGCUUCCAACUUUAAGGAUCCAAGAUUGUCAGUCCUUUCCUUCACACACCCCACAAAUAAGUCUGAAGGCAUAACCCAUCUAAACUCGCCAAUUUUAAAUGUCUUUCACUUCUUUCUAUCCCGGAGCACCAGAAUUGGGAUUCAUUUGCCUUACCAACAAUGAUUGAGGCUUCUUCUUGUCUUGUGAUGGACUGCUUACUUCCUUUCUCCUAUUGUAUGCUUGGAUACUUUCUACCUCCAUGAGAAGUUAUAGGGCAAUGGGAAUUUUGGGGGAGUUUUGCAAAAUUUUACAUGUUAUCAUCCACAUUUGUUCAUUCAACAGGCACUGAUCCUAUUGUGUGCAAGACAUUCAUGCUAGGCACUGAGGGAAAUACAAAGAUAAAUCAGAGAUCACAAAAUCUUAGACUUGGAAGGGCCUUCAGAUCCCAUCUAUUCUAGUUCAGUUCAUAACUGAACAAAAUCCUGUCUGCCAUAUACCUGACAAGUGAUCAUCUUGUCUUUGCCUGAAAACUGCAAUGGAAAGAAAACCUACUAACUCCCAAGGCAACUUAGUCUGCUUUUUGAUAUCUCUGAUUGUUAGGAAGUUUUUCUUUACGUUAAGCUUAAAUUUGCCUCUUUGUAACUUCUGUGCAUUUUUCCCAUCUCUACCUUCUGGACCAGAAACCAAGAAAUCUGAUCUCAUCCCUAUGAUAGCCCUCCAAUAUUUUUAGGUGGAUAUUAUGUUGUUCUUUAGGAUAAACAUCUCCAGUUCUUUGAAAGGAUCCUCAUAUGACAUGAUCACAAGGUCCUUUUUCCUUAGCUUCUCUCCUCUGGAUGCUCUCCAGCUUACAAAUUAUCUGUCCUAAAAUUUAUGUGGUACCUAUACUGAAACACAACACUCCAGGUAGUAUCCAGACAGAACAGAGUACCAUAGAACUAUUACAUUGCUCAAUAUGGAUAUUAAGCCUUUAAAUGAAGUCUGAGAUCACAUUAGCUUUCUGUUCUAAUGCCUUCAUGGAGCCUAAUAGUUUAGUAGAGAAGGAAAGAUAUAUACAGUAAUGAAGACUACACGCCCACAGGAAAAUAAAAAUCAAUCCAGGCUGACUUUAGAAAAGUCCUUUGAUUUUGUAGGUUUUUGAAAUAUCGACAUUCAGCCAUUUAAUUGUUAAACUGGGAACAGGGAACACAAAUUGUCAUUAAUUAUAAUGGAUAUCUGUACACACACACACGUACGCACACCUUACUGAGAUUAAUCAAAUCUGGCCAAGAUGUGUUCCAACCUGUAGGUUCCCUACCCUUGAUACCUUAUAGCAAAAAAAUUCCAUUCCAAAUAAAAGAAGAAAUUUUACCAUUUGUAAAUGGUGUGGGAUUUCACCUUCAAAGAAUAAUUCAACUAAUCCGCACAUAACAAUGACAGUCUGGAUUUUUUUCGGUGACUAGUUUCUGUAUUUCAUAUCUUUUACAAUGUACUAAUAAUAUAUCUUUCCUGCUACAUAUUGAGUGUCCUUUUACCAACAACAUAAGAAAGAUGGCAGAUUUCUGCUGCAGGGAGGGAAUGUUUUUCUGAGAAAGUCAAUUGAUUUGUUUAUCUUGGCUGCAAAAGUUACAUACAGUAUAUCAAACAACUAUGUGUAGCUAAGUUUUUUAUGGUAUGUGUAUGACUCAUUGUAAUACAUUGGAUAGAGUUGGACAGUGGUCUUCAAAAUCUGGUUGGCUGUUGCCACCAUUUGGGUACAGAUUAAGAACUGCUCAAUUGCUUUUUAGCUAAAGCAGUUUCGGCUUAAAAGAGGCAACAUGGCAUGGUGGAUUGAAGACUGGCCUUAAAAUCAACAGGACCUGGGUGCAGGUCACAGCUUCCUAAAGUUAAUAACUUACAGAUUGCCAGUCUGCAUCUUUGAAAUGGAGUUUCCACACCAAGAGGUACCCAUGCUCGUCACAAGCCUAACCAAAAAACAAAAAUCUGUCUAGGCUCAGAGGUUUUUUUUUUGUUUUGUUUUGUUUUGCUUUUUAGAACAAUCAAAUUUGUUCUGUUCCAUCAAAAAAAAAAUUCCUAAUGAUUAAAUUUCUUCUGUUUUACAA